CAGUGCACUUCCCUGUUGGUGUAAAAAUGGCAUCUAAGGUGCAAUGAGUGCGGGGACGGCAAUUCUCCGGGAUUGACAUGAAAUCGGGGACGAGGUAGCUGCAAGAUUUGUAGUGGACGUUGUCCUGUGCCGACAGUCGAUAUGCAAUACUUCGACUUGGUCAGUUUUGUCACAGCAGGCAAAGUGGGAAAAAACGCGUGAUUAACAAUCUGCUGAAUCCCAAAGGCGUGAGAAUAGGAAUUGCUGUUAGCAAGCUAAGCUAGGCAGCUUACAGUCUUUGACUGGUUAGCUAAUGAAUUCAGCGAUAGCAGUUCAUUUGUAUUGAUCUGACUGAUAUAUGUUCAAACAUGGCCAUUACCCAAUUCCGCCUUUUCAAGAUAUGCACAUGCCUAGCCACAAUACUCUCCUUCUUCAAACGACUAAUAUGCAGGACUGGCAGAUUGCGCAAGCUAAGCGGUGACCAGAUCACACUUCCGACCACUGUGGAUUUUUCGUCCGUACCCAAACAGCCAGAAAUUGAGGAGUGGAGUUCGUGGGAUGAAGACGCUCCGACCAGCAUUAAAAUCGAGGGAGGAAAUGGGGCGGUGCCUCCUCAGCAGGAUGAGGAUGAGGAGGCGGAGCCAGAUUACUUCAAAGACAUGGCACCAACCAUCAGGAAAACCCAAAAGAUUGUGUUGAAGAAGCGGGAGCCGCUGGCCUUCUCUGCUCCAGACAACUCAACAGGCUUCUCCAGUAGGCUGGCUGUCACACAGGACGUGUCCUUCAUAACUCCGUCGGCGGAGCUGGGAGACAUGGAUGCCUGGCAGGAGGACCCGAGCGCCUGGGAGGACGAGUCGUCUGACGCUGCCUGGGAGGCAGAGGAGGUGCUAAGAGAACAGAAGCUGGUUGAGAGGGAAAAACGUUCAAUGGAACAGCAGAGGAAGAAGAUGGAGAAGGAGGUGCAGAGAAUGAUGAAAAAGGAACAGAAGAUCGCCGUCAAGCUUUCCUAACAUUUCCUGUUUUCUUAAUGAGCGCUGGACACUCACGGACACAAAGAAAUCGCUUCGUCGUCCGUUUGGUUAAUUGCAGUCACUAGACGUACAAAGUAAAUUCCAUCCUCGCUGAGUUUGGUUGUUUUUUUUUUUUUUGUCUUUGUUUGUUUGUUUUUAUUUCCCCAUUGCUAUUUUAUAUAAACCCGUCCCCGAAACCUCUUCCCAACAUCUAUGGGCAGCCACUGAACGCCUCUGUGCUCACGCAGUUUUAUUGUAGAACAUGCAGUAAAAGAGAAGUGUUUCUUUCCCUUUCAGGAAUAUUGUGUGUGUGUGUGUGUGUGUGUGUGUGUGUGUGUGUGUGUGUGUGUGUGUGUGUGUGUGUCUGUGUGUACCCCAAACUACAUGUGCGCCCUGGAAAGAACUUGAUACCCCAUUUCCUUAUUUAUGAAAAUGUGAGUGAUCUUGAGUGGAAUAAUAUCAAAUGGACAAAUGCUUUGUCUCAUUUAGUUUUUUCUUUUUCUCUCCUACAUACACCCCUAAUUAUGGUUUAGUGAGCAAUAUUCCUGAGGGUCCUACUGUGCAUAAGACGCUUGGACAAAUCAGUUGCCGGGCUGCCUGGAUUGUACUUAAUGGAAGCGUGGAAAUGAAUGGAUCUGGCUCUUGCCCGUUCAUACUGUUGAUUUUGUUUGUAGCAUUGCAGUUAGAAUACAAAAUGAUUCGUCACCAGUUGAAAUUCGCUCCCCUUCUCUCUGUACAUUAAUGUAAAGGUCUUCUCAUAUUCAACCCUGAUCCGCAUUGAACACUGAAUCCCAGUGGAAGGCCUGUUGCUCUGCUUUGGGGAAAAAACGGACGCGGUCAGGCUUGUCUCAGCAAUACGUUUUAUUUUAUUUUAUAUAAAACAAAUACUAUUUAAUGUGUAUGUGUGAGCUGUGUGUGGAAUGACCAGUAGAUGGAGAUGGGAGAGUGCAUGAGGAUGAUGAUGAGUGAGGCACGCGUAGGUAUGAAGCAGCACUGCUACGUUGUCAUGGCAACAUGGAGCAAAUUUGGUGAAUGUUUUGACUGGUGUUUUUGAAGGGCCAAUCUAACUGAAUCAACCCAUCUGCUGCGUGACACUGACACAUAACGGGUAUAGGAGUCCUUGUCCAGAACCAUCCACCCACCCCAACAUGUCACCCUACUGUUUGGCAUAGAGUAAGGGGAAAGGCCUUAACCAGUUUCAUUUGUUAGUUAAGAUGUAUGGUUGUGGUGUUUGUGCGUGCGUGCGUGUGUGUGUGUGUGCACGCUAUGAUUCACUGUAAUUCAGGGCUUUUGUGAUUGAGCUAAACUGAUCUGACAAAGGGAUGUUUUGGAUCAAAUCCAGAUGAUGGAUCCCAGGUAGUGUGAGGUGCUUGGUUAGAACAUGUGGUCACUUACUGGCCAAUCAUUUCUCUGUGCAUGCAGUCAUCCUCCAGCCUCAAGGAAAAAGUAGUUACAAUGAUUGGCAGGUGGCUUUGGAGCAUUUCUUUUUAAAUUUGUUUUGCUUUGCAAACACAAGACAGGCCAAUUUGUAAAACAAAUGUAGCAAGAUGGUGGAAGUUGCAUGGUCAUUUCUCAUGUCAAAGAUGAGAAAUGUUUUUUCUUUUUUUUUUCAUGACUUUCUUUUUUUUCUUUUGCACAUUCCUUCCUUGUCUGUAAUAAAUGUGUGGAGCUCCACUCUUUGUGUUUGAAUGUGUGGCCCACUAGAUGGCACAAGCUAUGGAAGAGUUGUGUGUGUGUGUGUGUGUGUGUGUGUGUGUGUGUGUGUGAGAGAAAGAGAGAUGCGCAUUCAAGAGACUGUGCCAUGUAUUAUUAAAACAACCUUGCGUUUUGGAUAUUUGACUUUAAAUUAUUCAUUUUGUAGGUUAUGCCCAAAUAUAACAACUCACCGACAGUCUUUACCUUGUCAUAUCUCUCCUUUACUCCUCUUUAAAAGACUCUGAAUAAAGGCAUCAGAUCCAUUCCUAAAUAAAGAACAUCUCUCUUUUAACUGUU